AUGUUUGACUCGACCAAGGGUGCAUUGCUAGUGGCGCCCUCUCUCGCUAACAGCUCGUGCAGCUUGAACGGUAAAGGCUGGCCAUCGACGUUCCCCGCGACUGGAGAUAUCAUCAAAGCCUUCUUCAUAUUUGCCUUGUCUAUGGCAAUCGUCUUUUGUAACUUAGUCCUCAUCUGUGUUCUAAAUAAUAGAAGAUAUGUUAAGUAUAUAGAGAAUCAGCCACGAUAUCUGUUAACCUCACUCGCACUGAACGACUUAUUUACUGGGAUUUUAAUAGCACCUGUCGCACUUCUGCCUGCCUUAUACAAGUGUUGGCCUUACGGAGAGAUAUUCUGUCAAAUUCAGGCUCUUCUACGGGGAGCUGUGAGUCAACAGAGUGCUGUUAUUCUAGUCUGUAUGGCGAUAGACAGAUAUUUGUAUUUGUUACACCCGAGCACUUACCAUAAACACUCAAGCAAAAAGGGCUGCGUCCUAGUUAUAAGUACAACGUGGAUUCUAUCCGUUUCCUUGUUCGCGAUAAUGGUGCUACCGAAGUCGGGAUAUUACUUUAAUGCCACUGGUCUAAUGGCGUGUGACGUCUUCCAUAGUCGAGUAGCAUUCAGAAUUCUCUCCUGCUGUGCCUAUUAUUUCCCAACCACAAUGGCUCUUAUGUACUGCUACGGAUCCGGGUUCCACGUAAGCAAAACGAGGGGGAAGUGUGAAGAUCCGCGGCCAAAUGGAUUAACUCAGACAUGCACUAAGACACACAUCGACAUUGAGACAGUGCAUAUACAAGCGCCUAUACGACCGCACAGUGUUAGUACAUCACGUACUAUGGCCGCGAUGUCCUUAGGAUUUAUUGUUAUGGUGACACCGGCGACGAUACAGGAAGUGGUCGCCGCUUGCACUGGUUGUAAGGUUCCUCCAUCGUUGGAUUUUAUCGUGACGUGGAUAGCCCUAAGUGAUAGUUUUUGGAACCCAUUUCUCUAUUGGCUCCUAAAUAGUCAUUUUAGACGAAUAAGUAACGACCUCCUGCAAUAUUACAUUUGCUGUCGGAAAACGAAGUCGUUUCCAGGUUACGACAAGCCUACGGGAUGCUGCGGUUCUCCCGUCACAUCUGACGGUUUACAUUCUAAAGGCGAGUUCGAAGGCCUUCGAGAGAAGUAUUGGGGGGAAAUUCUAGAACGCACAGUAUCUUCUAGUUCCCUACAUGCACUUCAAAAAGCCUGCCAUAGAGAUCCUAUACGCUGUACGGGCUCAUUUAAAGGCUACCAUGGAUCAUGUAAGCAUGGAUCCAGAUUUUUUGACGGAUAUGGCCCAACAGAAUACCGGCAUUUGGACAGAUCAGCAUUUCAGGUAGAGUCAUGCUCGAGACAUUGUAGAUUAAAAAGUUCAGACAUGUGCCUAUUUAGACCUGGUGCCUUUGAAUGUGGUCGCUCGAGGUCGAAUUUGAGCCUUGACGAAGGUAACUUCAGCAAAGCAUGUAAUAACAGACAUUCAGAAUUGUGA